UUGUACAAUAAUCGUGUGGUCGAUAAGUGAACUGUGUAUUCUGAUCAUAUGAAAAAAAAAUCGAAAGUGCAAAGAAUAAUUCCGCUGUACAAUAAUUACAUAAAUGUAGCAUCGCUAAAAUGGUUUAGAGAUUAAUUAAAAUGACGGUAUAUUCCUAUUUAGUUAUAUUAUUUAUUCUUCUUGAUAACUAUUGUUCCGCAUACGGAUAUGGUUAUUCAUAUCAUCGACGCAGACGUUUUGAUCCAGCUAUUGCUACAUUUACAAAAGAACCAGUUUUAGGUUCGGUGUGGUUUACACAACAUGGAGAUUUUAUGUACCUCAAUGGGAGUGUGGCAGUACUCCCACCCGAUGCAGUGUUGGGUGUACAUAUUCAUCGUUAUGGAGGACUUGGAAACAUGUGUCUUGAAGCUGGUCCUCAUUUCAAUCCAUUCCACCAACGUCAUGGUGGACGUCAUGGAUACCCUAGACACGCUGGAGACUUGGGAAACAUUAGAGUUGGACACAACAGUGUAAUGAUAUUUGAUCUCUAUGUUAGUUUGAAAGGUCUAGAACCAUAUGAUGGAUUUAUUGGUCGAUCACUUAUUAUACAUGCAAAUAUGGAUGAUCUUGGAAGAAAUGCAGAUGAAGGCAGUAGAACAACCGGUAAUUCUGGUCCCAGAUUAGCAUGUGCUACAAUAGGAUAUCGUGCACCAUGAAAUGAUUUUUGUUGAAUUUAUCACAUAAUAAAAACCGGAUGAUAAAUGAAUACUUAGAGUUUAUUUUACUUUUUAAUUGUACAAGAUAUACCCGGGCACAAAACCUUAUAUAUAUUUAAACAGAUUACUUAUCAUUUUAUGUAAGUAGACUAAAUGGAAACAUAUACAUAGCAAUAAAAAAAUCACCAUUAUAUAGUCCCGAA